AUGGGCGGGAAAUGGGGCGCGAUCUCGAAGCUGCACGCGUUUCCCAAAGCCGAGGACCACCUCACGCAGAAGACGCUGUCGGGCGCCAUCGUGACUCUCCUGGGAGUGGCGAUCAUGGUGGUGCUGUUUGCACACGAGCUCUCCUUUGUGCUGACGCCUGAGGUGCAUGAGGAGAUGGCAGUGGACAAGACGCCAAGGGAUGAGAAGCUAGACGUGUAUCUCAACAUCUCCUUCCCCUCGCUGCCCUGCAAUGUGAUCAGUCUCGAUGCUCUGGACAUGUCGGGCAACCAUGAGGUGGACAUCGCAACCAACAUGUACAAGAUCCGUCUGGACCGCCAUGGUCAGUUGGCAGACUCACGCUGGCUCAAGGACCCCACAGGGGCGUGGCGGCAAAGCAAGAGCAAGAAGCGCAAAGGUUUGCAAUCGCUCAAGGACCCCAUGGAGGCAGAGCGAGGCCAAGAAGCGCCACGUUGGGAGCUGGGGCUGCUGCGGUGCGGACGUGUGGCACACGCGGCAGGGGGACAGAAGGGGAAGGCGGGGGAGGAGGGUGAAGAGGAGGAGGAGGAGGGGGACGAGGUGGUGGGGCUGGAGCAGAUGGUGCUGGACGUGCAGAAGGCCAUGGCUGCUGGGGAAGGGUGCCAGCUGUACGGCCAUCUGUCAGUGGAGAGGGUGGCGGGCAACUUCCAUGUAUCGGUGCACGGCCAGUCUUACCUCGUGCUGCAGCAGGUGUUCUCAUCAGUGGGCGAUGUGAACGUGUCUCACGUCAUCCACUCCCUCGGUUUCGGAGUGCCCUAUCCCGGCCGCCUCAACCCUCUGGACGGAUUUGUCCGCAUCCUGCCGCCCCUCAAGGAAGGGGAGGACCCUGCCAGAUCCAGUGGCACUUUCAAGUACUUCCUCAAGGUGGUGCCGACGCGCUUCCGCUUCUGGCACGGGGGGACAGUGAAGACGAACCAGUACUCCAUCAGUGAAUACUUCACUCCCUCCUCGCCACAGUCCAACGCCCUGCCAGCGGUCUACUUCCUGUAUGACCUCUCGCCCAUAGCAGUGAGCAUCACGGAGUCGCAUCGCAGCUUCUUCCACUUCCUCACUCGCCUCUGCGCUGUCCUGGGCGGCACCUUCGCCCUCACAGGCAUGUUAGAUCGCUGGGUGUACAGCCUGCUGCAGCUCAUCAACCGCCCUCGCCAUGCCUAUGGGAAAGCUACUCGCCUGCACUAG